AUGGUCAGUUACGAUUGGUACGAUGCUCUUAAAGAUUCAAAUGAGCGGGGUAAAGGUUUUCACGUGGAUAAACCGAUAAAACUUAGCUUUUACUUCGUUAAUAAGUUUGAUCACUCGUAUGGUCUCGUCAACCUGAAAGAAGCUUACGAUAGAGACAGAGAGAAUCAUUCUGAUCGCUACAUUGAAAGUAGUGACAUUGCUGAGUUACAAAGUGGUGUUCAAGUUGAGGUACCCCACGGUCACAAUCAGGAUAUCGAAACGAUGAGCCAAUCCAUGUCUGAUUCACAUUUAUAUGCUGAUACUGCUGAAACACCUGCCACCAGCCCAUGGCGAAGAUGUUUUGGAAGUUCCAACACAGCAGAGUCUUUCGAUCCGAGACGUGCUCCAUUGAGUUCAGCAUCUCUUCGAUAUGCGCCACAAGUACCUCGACCUAGCACGCUAACGCUUCGAUCUCCUGUGGACGUUUCGGGCCAACAUGAGCUCCCUUACAACCCAUCGAGUGAGAUUCAUGAGGUUCCAGGUGAUUAUGAACGGGUGACAGACUCACAAGGAGGUGGUUAUUUCGAUCCCGAUCAGAAUCCAUUCGAACAAUGA